GAGGGAACUGGGAAGGAGGAGCAGGAGGAGCCGCGGUGCGCAACGUCACAGACCCGGUCGGGAAGCACGGUGGCAAUCACGCAUUGGCUGACGGCGGUUGCCCUCGCUGACCAAUGGGGAUGGGACGGGGCGUACAAAAGGGGGCGUGGCUCGGGGUUCUGUUCCUUCUGGCAAGAGCACUAACGGGACGCUCCGGGAAUACGUCGGAGGAGCGCGAACCCGGAAGUGCUGGAUUUUUACCCCGUUGUUUUCAUUCCUGGAUUAAAGGGACGGAUUGACUUUAUUUUUGUGUUUCUCCUCGUUUGGGACUGCAACCCCUCGUUAUUGUUAUUUUGUCAGGUUACACAUUGCUGUGUACCCUGACUCCCCUUUAUUUUGUUUAUUCACCUUGACUUUUGGUGCCCAUCUGACAUUGGUUUUUACGUACAAUAAAACCGGGGGCUUGUUAAGGAAAACCUGACUCGUUGUCAUUUCUUUACACCACACCAUCGGUCAAUUCUGUCACACGUGGUGUCAUCGUGGGAUGGACCCAACCACUUUGUCGGCGAUCCUGGAGGCGUUGGACAGAGGGAGGGAGGCUGAGGAACGGAGGAGGGAGGAGAGAUACACGGCUCUUAUCGAGAGGGUUGGGAUGGGGAUGACGUCAGCGGCGACGGGCCCCGUGCUGGUUGCCCCGAAGGCCCGGGCCCAGAAAAUGACAGUGGAGGAUGACCCGGAGGCCUACCUUGUAGCCUUUGAACGGUUGGCUACCACCGCAGCAUGGCCCCGGGAGUACUGGGCGAGCCAACUCGGUCCCUGCUUGAUCGGGGAAGCACAGGCAGCGUACCGGGCCAUGACUGACGACGAUGCCGCCCAGUAUGACCUGGUUAAGCAGGCUAUCCUCCGCCGUCUCAAUAUCAUGGGGGAGACUCAUCGGGUCAGAUUCCGGGAGUUCCGGCGACCCCCCAACACCCGGCCCAGGGUGGUAGCCCAGCAAUUAUGCGACCACAUGGCGCAAUGGCUGAACCCCAGUCAGAAAACCGGGAUUCAGAUGGGGGAGGCCAUUGUGAUGGAACAAUUCUGCCAUGUGGUCGGGGCUGAGACGCAGGCAUGGGUACGCCGGCAUAACCCCACGACGCUGGAACAGGCCGUGGCGUUAGCUGAAAAUUACGAGGACUCUCUGGUGUCCGCUCGAACCACCCUGCUGGACUGCCCCCCCCUCCCUCCGCUGCCAAAGGACCGCCGUCGAACCCUUUUCCCGGACCCAGGGCCGUCAGAUCACCGGCCCCCUUACAAUGGAGGCAGAGGUUGGCCCCCAGCUGGGGUAGAAUGGUUCCCCCUGCCCCGCUGUCAUACCAGCAGCGGGACAAAUAUGUACCGCCUUUACCCUCUGCCCCACCCGUCUGUUUUAGGUGCCAGCAGUCGGGACACAUUGCCAGAUACUGCCCGGCGGCCAUGGAGUGCGACGUGGCUGCAUGUCACCUGGCGUCUGAGACAGGUAGGAAAUGGGGAAAUGGUCGGGAGGGCCCGUGUAUGGUUGAUGUUGUAUUGGGGAAUGUGAACACCCACGCAUUAGUGGACACAGGGUGUGAGCAAACUUUAAUUCGAACAGCUCUCCUUGGCGGUAUGUCAUGGCAGCCACAAGGCCAGGUGGCAAUCUCCUGUAUCCAUGGGGAUACGGCGACAUACCCCACUCUAAAAGUAUAUUUAUCGGUAGGCCCGAUAAAGCGCCACCUAGUAGUGGGGGUGGCAGAAAAGUUGCCACAUCCAGUUAUUCUGGGUCGAGACUGGCCGCAAUAUAAAGAUUUAGUGAAAAUAUCGGCAGCCUCGACCACACGUGUAGACACGGCAGACCCCCGGGGAAGGGAAGUAAUUGGUACUGUUUUUCCCUUCCAUACAGAGCUGUUUUCUCCACUUUUUCGUCCUAGAAAAACACGUCAGGAGAGACGGAAGGAAAAGUGGGAAGGCGCAUCGAUAAGACACGGUUGGGGUCUGGCGGGAGAAGGUGCUGAUGGUCCCAAACGUCAAUCGAAGGGAGUCGGAACGCAGUGUGACCGGGCGGGCGAGGUUACUGGACCCUCGAGGGUAGAGACUGCUCCAGCCCCUGUCAAUAUCCCGGACGUGUGGGCCUCAAGCGCGGACCUAGUGUGGGAACAGAACAACGACCCCACACUGGUGCACGCUUGGGAACAGGUCCGGUCUAUUGAGGGUAAGGAUGUUGACGGCAUCGGGACGCUGGUAUAUCCCCAUUUCGUGGUAGAGGGGCACUUGCUUUAUAGCGUAAACCCAGCCCCGGG